CAAAGACAAAAUCUAUCCGAGAAGAAGAACAAAAACUGCGAAUGAAAAGUGUUUUCGGGGAGAAAAAUUGUCGCUUUUUCAUGUGAUUUUGUGAAUUUGUGUUUGUGCAAAAUUCAUUGUAGACUUUGUUUGUAUAGUAUUUUUGAAGCAACGUUGCCAAAAAAACGUACCGCUUGGUAGUAAUAUGAGUAAUGUUACCAACCAAAAUGGAACAGGUCUAGAGCAGCAGCUUGCUGGUCUGGACUUGCAGCCUCAGGCUUCUAAGGGUGCUGGCCGAUACAUCCCUCCGCAUCUGCGUAGGCAGUUGCAACAGGCCAACACUUCUCAAGGGGAAGAGCCUAAGCGUCAAAGCUUAGAGGCUCGUCCAAACGAGUCUCGUGACAUCCGUACAUCAUUCGGCGGCAACUCUAGGACGUACGAGCGCGGUGGUCGCCGCGACGACCGAGACCGCGAUCGCGACACCAGGGACUACGAUCGCGGGUACGACUCACGCUACCCGCGCAGGGAACGAGGUCGUGAAGCAAGCUAUCAGAAUGGCGAGUCGGAGUCGGAGCGGUGGGGCGGCGAGCGCGGGGAGCGGGAGGUGCGCGGGGAGCGCGGCGGACGCGGGCGCGAGGACGCGGAGCCCCCGCCGCCGCCGCGCAACGACCGCUGGAAGGAGCCCGAGCCGCGCCAGGACGACCGUGCACCAUCACGCAGCCACGGCUGGGGCUCCGACGACGUGCGCCGCACCCGCAGGGAUGAGAACGACUGGACGAUCCCGCUACCUCGCGACGAGCGGCAGGAGUUGGAGCUCUUUGGCACCGGCAAUACGGGCAUCAACUUCUCCAAGUACGAGGAUAUUCCUGUGGAGGCCAGCGGUGACCGUGUGCCGGACUUCAUUACCAGCUUUGAGGAUGUUAACCUGACGGAAAUAAUGCGGUCUAACAUAAUGUUGGCGCGAUACGACAAGCCGACCCCGGUGCAGAAGUACGCGAUCCCCAUCGUGCUGGGACACCGCGACGUGAUGGCGUGCGCGCAGACCGGCUCCGGCAAGACGGCCGCCUUCCUCGUGCCCAUACUCAACCAGAUAUACGAGGCCGGCCCCGUCAAACAGGCGUCAUACAACCGACGCAAACAGUACCCGCUGGGGCUAGUGCUAGCGCCGACGCGCGAGCUCGCCACGCAGAUCUACGACGAGGCUAGGAAGUUCGCAUAC